ACGUCGUCGAGUUUUUGUAAAACGCGUCGAGGCGCGUUUGCGUUUCUAUUUAAAAAUUGUUCAACGUGUCCGUGUCUGUGAAUACAAGUAAUGGUGCCUAUUUGAAUAUUUGUAACUCCAAAUUUAUAAAUGGCAGACGAUUCGACAAAGCUUCUAAUACAUUUUGGGCACAUACCAACAAAGAAAUAACAAUAACGGAUAACGGAAGUUUGUAACAUUAAAAAGCCUUAACGAAGCGAUAAAAGGAAUAGUUCUAAUAGAAUUAAUACAAGUAGUUAAACAUAUCAAACGUGAUAAAUCGUCAAAAUAUUCUCGUUCUCUCUGUUGUUUAGCCGCUCCAAAGAUCGUAUCAGAUUACCAAAAAAACACAUAAUAAUAAAAUAAAAUACAUAAUACACAACAACAAGACGAGGCAUUCAAUACACAGCAAUAUAUGGAUUUGAGGAACGAAUUUAUGUGACAAGCGUAUAAAAGAGCUAAAUAAAAAUAAUAUAGAAACAUUAAAAAAUGCCUCACAAAAUGCGAAACGCACUGAAUUGGCGAUCCGGCGAUUGCAGCGCCUCAUUAACAGAAACAACAACAACAACAACCACAUGCGGGGAUUGUAACUGCGCCUGCCAGCGAUUGAGUUUGAAUGAAGCUCAUUUAGGCGAAGCCUUCAGCUAUACUCACACGUCCAGCACAUUCCUGAGCCCCUGCUUAGUCCUGCAUGCGUUAUUGCUGCUGCUGUUGGCGUUAUCCUCCACACUAGCUGCGCCCCAAUCCUGUACAACCUGUGAUAAAAACGAACUGCAAACGCAGGCCAGCGAAAAUAGCGUCGAGAAGUUCAGAUUUGAUCAUCAAGUGACGCGGCAGGAUGCGAUCAAUGCGCUCAGAAUAUUUAAUGAGACCUAUGCCGCACAGUUAACCAGCUCCUGCAAUUCGAUAAAAUGCACAGACACGGUCUAUAAAUAUUGUCUGGGCCAGAAGUUCAUAAACGACCAUUGUUGGUGUGAGAUGCAACAUACCGAGGAAGGUCUUCCCUACGUUCCUCACGUAUGUUAUGUGGGCGUAAAGGCUUUUAAGCCUUCUAUUGGUUCCUGUUUUUUCUUUGAGGAAGUCAAAGAAUGCUGUUGUUCCCAAGUUUUGGUCGAAGAGUGGCGUCACAUAUCGGGUGCUUCAGCUUUGAGUAUGCCAAAGAUGCUGUUGCUGUUGUGUGCUAUAUUGGGUGCCCUUCUGCGAUGGAAUUGGACGAUGAUGAUGUGAUGUGAUGGGGAGAGGAAGGAGCCGUUGCCGGCGAAGAAGUAUUUUGUUAAAGUUUUAUAUAAAUACAAAGAAUUGUAACAUAGUCAGUCAUAGUUAUAAGCGCAUAAAAGAAAACUUGGCUUAAUGCAAUAAACCUUUAUAAAAAUAAAUACAAAUGACAUUAA